AUGGGGUUGUUCAAUGUCACUCACCCUGCAUUCUUCCUCCUGACUGGUAUCCCUGGUCUGGAGAGCUCUCACUCCUGGCUGUCAGGGCCCCUCUGCGUGAUGUAUGUUGUGGCCCUUGGGGGAAAUACAUUGAUCCUGCAGGCUGUGCGAGUGGAGCCCAGCCUCCAUGAGCCCAUGUACUACUUCCUGUCCAUGUUGUCCUUCAGUGAUGUGGCCAUAUUGGCCACACUGCCCACUGUACUCCGAACCUUCUGCCUCAAUGCCCGCAACAUUGCUUUUGAUGCCUGUCUAAUUCAGAUGUUUCUUAUUCACUUCUUCUCCAUGAUGGAAUCAGGUAUUCUGCUGGCCAUGAGUUUUGACCGCUAUGUGGCCAUUUGUGACCCCUUGCGCUAUGUAACUGUGCUCACCACUGAAGUCAUUGCUGCAAUGGGUUUAGGUGCAGCUGCUCGAAGCUUCAUCACCCUUUUCCCUCUUCCCUUUCUUAUUAAGAGGCUGCCUAUCUGCAGAUCCAAUGUUCUUUCUCACUCCUACUGCCUGCACCCAGACAUGAUGAGGCUUGCCUGUGCUGAUAUCAGUAUCAACAGCAUCUACGGACUCUUUGUUCUUGUAUCCACCUUUGGCAUGGACCUGUUUUUUAUCUUCCUCUCCUAUGUGCUCAUUCUGCGUUCUGUCACGGCCACUGCUUCCCGUGAGGAACGCCUCAAAGCUCUCAACACAUGUGUGUCACAUAUCCUGGCUGUACUUGCAUUUUAUGUGCCAAUGAUUGUGGUCUCCACAGUGCACCGCUUUGGGAAGCAUGUCCCAUGCUACAUACAUGUCCUCAUGUCAAAUGUGUACCUAUUUGUGCCUCCUGUGCUCAACCCUCUCAUUUAUAGCGCCAAGACAAAGGAAAUCCGCCGAGCCAUUUUCCGCAUGUUUCACCACAUCAAAAUAUGA